AAGAGCAAGGGGAAACAUGUGAGCGCUCUGAGGAUCUAGUGAGAGACAAUUUUGUGCUUAUUUUUUGACCCAAUGCACUGUGCUGAAACGGAUUUUAAAUCAGAAGGAAGGACACAAAUUAAGCUUACUGCAAUUCUCAGAGCUUUCUUAUUCUUUGCUUUGUUUUCUUUACGAGAGAAAAAUGUGUAUUUCUGGGGUAUGCCAUCAUAACCAGCACUACCAUUAAUUUAUUUUAAAUAACAUUUUUUUCUUUAGCAAAUAUUUAAUUCUGAUUACGUUAUGCGUAUACCUUUAUUAAACUAAAUUAUUUUAAUCGUUUACCUGUGAUACAGCAUAUAGGUCUAUAUAAAUAUAGAUAAUAGAGUAUUUUGUAGGUUUGCACCGUUGCUUUCAACAGUGAUUUCUCUCACAUCUUUUGGUUCCUACGUUUUUUCAAUAUGAGGCAUUUGAAAUUUGUACUCGUGUUGGCUAUUGCAGUCAACGUUUGGGAAUGUGGGGAUUCGAAAUUUGGCGAGAAGGGGGAAAUAAGCCCGAGGAGAAGGAGAUGUUACGACGGGAGCAUGCCCAAGCGACUGAAGAAGAGGGAAAGAAAACUGUCAGUGGACAGCGGUGCAAGCAACGGGGAAGUUUGUCACAGGUUGUACCCUCGUGUGUCAUGCUGCCCAACCAGGCGUGCUGCUUAUCAGAUAGUCCACCGGCGUGAUGCCAGGAUCUUCUCCACCAAUAACACGGAGUGCAGCCGUCUCCUUGAGGAGAUCAAGUGUGCACACUGUUCGCCCAAUGCCCAAGUGCUGUUCCACUCCCCCGAGUUGGACAAGGUCCCCCUCAGAGAACCCCACCUGCCACGCCUCUGCCAGGACUACUGCCGAGAGUUCUACUAUACCUGCCGCGGACACAUACCAGAGCUGUUCCAAGCCGAUGUGGAUGAGUUCUGUCAAUACUACGGACGGCGGGACGGAGGCCUGUGCUUCCCAGAUUUCCACCGAAAGCAAACACGGGGACAGGACUCCAACUACUUGGGAGAUGAGAAAGUCGAAGACAUCAACAGGAAGCACAAGCACAACUGCUACUGUGCCCAGGUGGUGCUGAGUGGGCUGAGGCAGCCAGUAGCCGUGGUGCACUGUGGGGACGGAUCCCAGCGCCUCUUUGUCCUGGAGAAGGAGGGCUUCGUCCGGGUGCUGACCCAUAACAUGGAGCUGCUGAAAGAGCCUUUCCUGGACAUCCACAAGCUGGUGCAGACCGGACUCAAGGCAGGAGAUGAAAGGGGUCUGCUAGGUCUCACAUUCCACCCCAAUUACAAGAAGAACGGCAAGCUGUAUGUCUCCUACACCACCAACCAGGAGCGCUGGGCCAUCGGACCGCACGACCACAUUCUGCGCGUGGUCGAGUACACUGUCUCCAGGAAAAACCCGAACGUGGUGGACAGUAGGACCAUGCGGAUGCUGAUAGAAGUGGCAGAGCUGCACAGGAAGCACCUGGGAGGACAGCUGCUGUUUGGCCCUGACGGCCUGCUGCACAUCGUCCUGGGAGAUGGCAUGAUCACCCUGGACGACAUGGAGGAGAUGGACGGCCUUAGUGAUUUCACAGGGUCUGUGUUGAGGGUGGAUGUGGACACAGACUGCUGCACGUCUCCCUACUCCAUACCCAGGAACAACCCCUACUUCAACAGCACCAACCAGCCACCAGAAAUAUUUGCCCACGGACUGCAUGACCCAGGCAGGUGUGCCGUGGACCGGCAUCAUACGGAUAACAACGGGAGUCUCUUGAUCCUGUGCACGGACGCCAGCGGUAGGAACGCGUCUGCAGGGAGAAUACUGGCGAUCACUAAGGGGAAAGACUACGAGAAUGAGGCAUCCAUCUUUGACCUGGCGACCAGUGGAGGAGCAGCACCUGUGGGAGGGUUCAUCUACAGAGGCUGUCAGUCCAGAAGGCUCUACGGGAGCUAUGUGUUCGGAGACAAGAACGGGAACCUGCGGAUCCUCCAGAAGGGCUCAGCGGCAGCGAGGGACCAGUGGCAGGAGAAAGCUCUGUGUCUGGGGACCAGCAGCUCCUGUGGCUCCGCUCUGGUGGGACAUAUCCUGGGCUUCGGAGAGGACCAACUAGGUGAAGUGUACAUCCUGGCCACCAGUAAAAGCAUGGCUCAGUCACACAGUGGGAAGCUCUACAAGCUAGUGGACCCUAAAAGGCCCGCGGUCCCUAAGGAGUGUCAGAGACAGGUGGAGGCCCCGGAGCUGCUGGGAACGGCCUGCUCACGGCAGUGUAAGAACGGACACUGCACCCCCACCGGGAAGUGUUGCUGCAGCACCGGCUGGGAGGGACCCUUCUGCAGAGUGGCUAAAUGCGAGCCGGCCUGCCGUAACGGAGGCGUGUGUGUUGAGCCCCACAGCUGCCUUUGUAAGAGCGGCUACUCGGGCGCCCAGUGUGAGAAGGGCGAGCGGGGCAUGCCUAGCGACCAGGAGAAGGACGGCAUCCUGGACCACAUCAUAGACAUGACCUCGUACCUGCUGAACCUCACUAGCUACAUGGUAUAGGGGCAUGGGGAGGGGGUCCACUCCCACCGCAACCCCCCCCGGCCCCCUUGCUCAACCACCGGAGAAGCCCAAGCAGAGCCUCCCUCCUCCGUGAUUCACCCCUGAGACACACCCCCCUGUCUGGACGUACCCUGUCCCCGUCAACACCCAGACUCUGGUCAUCUUCCUGCCCAUAAGGUCCGGUAGGCUACGUACACCAGGCAUCCGGGCCAAGCAUCCCUCCAGGGACCAUCACACAGACAGACACAGCAACGUGAUGGUUGAAUGCAUGGCAAUCGUCGUCUAUGGUCUAAUGGUUGGACCUCCACCGUGCCUACAUAAGCUUUUUAUACUCUUCUUCACCAGGAGAAAGUUCUUCUCCUCUCUCUCCCACUCUGGAACCCCCAUGCAGAUGACUUGAUAUUAGCACUGCACCCCUGCUGAGAACAGAGGGAGACCCCCUCGCGUUAUCUCCACACAACAACAAAGAAACAGCGGCCAUUUUGACUGAAGCCUUACAGAGAGCGAAGGGGAGUCGGCUGAGCUGAAACACGGCGAGGCGGGCGGAGGCGUGGUGACUUAAGUUAUCCCCCAGGACUGGAGAGUGGACAGCCCAAUAUUGGGGGUUGGCUUUGGGUCUGCCUUCACCAACACAACACAGUCUAUAUACAGCCUUUAAAUGAACAUGCCAAUCUCUUCAGCAUCAGCAAUGCAAUAAUACUGACACUGACUGAAGAGUUUCUGAUAAUCUUACUGUGCCGUGUAUAGAGCCCCAUACAGAGUCCUGUACUAUCUUGUCUAAAGGCACUAAUAUGAAUGACCAAUAGACCAAUGUCACAGUAAUAAUAAUGAUUAUUGUUAUUUUGACCCACUGUUUUCUCCGGGUGAUGUUUUGUGGGCACAUCUUCAUAGAAAAAGCUACAUUAUGAUACUUCAUGAUACAGCGGUAUAGAUUUGUUGUUCAUCGCUCACGUGACAUGCUGCCAAUGUACAGAAUGGAUCCAUAGCUGAAGAAUGAGUGUCUUUGGACUCAACAGGUAUCGAUCGAGUUUAUAUGGUUGUGUCCCAAAUGGUACCCUAUUCCCCGUAUAGUGCACUACUUUUGACCAGAGCCCUAUGGGCCCACGUCAAAAAUAGUGAGCAUCAUACGGAACAAGGGUGCCAUUAGGGACAGAGUCUAUGACAUUGUUAGGAUAGAGCUCAUAGCUUUGCACUCCCAAUGUCAACGCCAGUUUGAUACAUUUGAAAUGGAGUCAUCAACUCCACGCACUGUAAUGUAAUGUUUUUUGUGUUUCACAAUCAAGGGCAGGCGAUUAUGUUGGGACUAUAGUACGGUGUCAUACAGCAGUGACGUUGUCACACACUAACACAGUGGCACGCAGCAGCUCAAAUCUCUCACACUGAACACACACACACACACUAACACAGUGGCACGCAGCAGGUCAAAUCUCACUCUUAAUCUCUCACACUGACACACACACACACACACACACUAACACAGUGGCACGCAGCAGGUCAAAUCUCACUCUUAAUCUCUCACACUGAAUACACACACACACACACACACACACUAACACAGUGGCACGCAGCAGGUCAAAUCUCACUCUUAAUCUCUCACACUGAAACACACACACACACACACACACACACACACACUAACACAGUGGCACGCAGCAGGUCAAAUCUCACUCUUAAUCUCUCACACUGAACACACACACACACACACACACUAACACAGUGGCACGCAGCAGCUCAAAUCUCUCACACUGAACACACACACACACACACACACACUAACACAGUGGCACGCAGCAGGUCAAAUCUCACUCUUAAUCUCUCACACUGAACACACAUACACACACUAACACAGUGGCACGCAGCAGGUCAAAUCUCUCACACUGAACACACACACUAACACAGUGGCACGCAGCAGGUCAAAUCUCUCACACUGAACACACACACACACUAACACAGUGGCACGCAGCAGGUCAAAUCUCACUCUUAAUCUCUCACACUGAACACACACACACACACACACACACACACACACACACACACAAACACAGUGGCACACAGCAGGUCAAAUCUCACUCUUAAUCUCUCACACUGAACACACACACACACACACACACACACACACUAACACAGUGGCACGCAGCAGGUCAAAUCUCACUCUUAAUCUCUCACACUGAACACACACACACACUAACACAGUGGCACGCAGCAGGUCAAAUCUCACUCUUAAUCUCUCACACUGAACACACACACACACACACACACUAACACAGUGGCACACAGCAGGUCAAAUCUCUCACACUGAACACACACACACACACACACACACUAACACAGUGGCACGCAGCAGGUCAAAUCUCACUCUUAAUCUCUCACACUGAACACACACACACACACACACUAACACAGUGGCACGCAGCAGGUCAAAUCUCACUCUUAAUCUCUCACACUGAACACACACACACACACACACUAACACAGUGGCACGCAGCAGGUCAAAUCUCACUCUUAAUCUCUCACACUGAACACACACACACACACACACACUAACACAGUGGCACGCAGCAGGUCAAAUCUCACUCUUAAUCUCUCACACUGAACACACACACACACACACACUAACACAGUGGCACGCAGCAGGUCAAAUCUCACUCUUAAUCUCUCACACUGAACACACACACACACACACUAACACAGUGGCACGCAGCAGCUCAAAUCUCUCACACUGAACACACACACACACACUAACACAGUGGCACGCAGCAGGUCAAAUCUCACUCUUAAUCUCUCACACUGAACACACACACACACACACACACACACACACACACACACACACACACACACA